ACUAACCCGUUAUUUCUGAGGGAUCUGCAACUCGGAAGCCGCUGGAUCGAAGUGGUCGUAGCAAGAGUCAACACAAAAUCUCUUAUCAAGUUUCUCACCAAAGAAGCUGAGCCGCCGGCGAGGGAAAAGCAUACAGACGAGACGAGGUUACUGCCGUUGCCUGCGUGAACCAGACACUUCAAAAUGGAUGAACAAGAGUUCCGAGCCCGCCUUGAACUGUUCCCCGUCGUCCGUUCCUCCGAUUACCAUGUUGAUUCAGACCCAUCGAAGCAAUCGACGUCCACACGGCGCCCACAGCUAAAAGAGAAGGAAGAAUGGCUAGAUACCCUGGAAGAGGAGCAAGGAGAUGCUAAGGAAUUAGGGGAUCAUGGUGUUGAUCUUCGUGAUCCGUUCUGGGAGAAGCUAAAGUUGGCUGCUGAGAAGAAGGUUGGUGCAGCAGAAGCUAAGAGAUUCUGCAAGGCCUUUCAACAAGUUCACAAAAAACUUGUGUAUGAAGAGCUGAGCUUGGAUGCAGCACGAAGAUACUUGAAGUCGUGAUGAUCUUUGCAAUGUAGAAAUCAAGUCUUCAUUCCUCCUGUUGUGUGUGUAACAUUGGUUUGAGUAGCUGUUGAACUAUUCGGUUUGCUGCGAGGAGUUGGAGCAGUAUCAUGUUGUGCUUUAUGACUAGAUCUCAGGGGAAAAAUAACAUUGCAAAAUUUCACACAACAGUAUGAAAUUAUAGCGUUGGAGCUCUUUCGUCUAUAUAUCGGUUUCUGGCCGUGUCCAUUAAACCGUACCGUACCGGCGGUUCAACUUCAACCACGAAAUACCAGUAUCGGAGGCUAAACCGAUAUGCGGUAUUUACCGGUAUAACGGUUGAACUAUGAUUAAACCACGGUUUUACCAUAAAAUAUCCUAACGCUG